AUGAGAGAGAUGGAAAGCACAGUAAGUUCAAGUUACCAUAUACUACAUGAAUUUUUAACCUGUGUGGAAUUUUCUAAUAAUGAAUAACUUUUUCUUUUUUUUGUGUAGAUUGGGAAUGCCUGCUUUGAAAUCUUGGAGAAGAUAUUCAUAAACAAGGUAGUGCACUAGACUAUCACUUCAGUAAAAAUGUUUGGCAUGAUCGUGUUUCUAUGAGCUUGCAUUUAUUUUUGGUCACGUUCCUUGACCUUUCCAUUGCUGGGGGCAUACGCAAUAAAAUCCCAGAUCACGUGUAUCGCUGCCGAACACUGCCAUAAUCGCUCCUCUCUACCUAUCCGCUUUUGUCAUGGCAUUGGCCACCUUCGACCCACUCAAACUAACCCUAACCCUGCAUUCCAUUUUAAACUGACAAAUGUCAUACAGUAAUAGUAUUAUAAAAUUCUUGUUUUACUUAAGCAGUCCAAUCUGGAGUUCAUUGGGGUUUCAUGUAUAGAUGUACUCUAAAAUACACCAAAGGUUUACUACAGAGAAUCUAAGAAGGUGGUGGUCACAGACCAGUAAUGCUUAGAUCAGAGCUUUGUUCAAAAGGAGCAGCUGUUUGCCCAGCAAGUUUGAGAUAAGCAGACCAACACCCUCUGAAGUUUAUGCAACAUCACAAACCAAAUGAAGUUAAAAUGAGCUCGUUAAAAUGGAGUGGACAGAAUUGGAGAUUUUAUUUAUCUUUACUGUGAAAAAACAAACAUGCAAAUAAUUUCACACUUUUUAUUUUUUUUUUAUCUCAGGUUGUCCAGACUGGGCGUUUUCAAAGGACCAAAGUACUGCAGGGCCCGCGGCACAGAGUUGGCUGCAACCUUGUACGAGGGAGGUUUAAAUGUCUCCCUAAAGCCAUCAUGAAAGUGCCUGGACUUAAAGACGUUAUGAUUGCAGAGGUGCUCAAAGUGCUGGAUAACGAGUGUGAGACUCUGACCAGCGAGACAUUUAACUCAUUGCUUGGAGAGAAUGACCCUGUGGCUCUCAGAGACUUCAGCUGGGAGAAGGUGAUGACAGAAUGGAAGACCACAGUACCCACUUUUUUCAAAUUCCUGCGACAUGCAAGCAAAGUCUUUGAAAACUCAUCUACAGACCAGACAUACACACCUAAAGACUGGUCAUUACCUAUGGCCAUGGGUGGGGCUUUACUGUUGAGAGCACACUUACCAUCCGUGUGUGCACCCAUGUACAUCGACUCCAUGAUUCUGCAGCAGGGAGGGACCAAAAAAUGGUCUAUUGAACAGUUAAAUCGAGUUGGUGUCUGUUUGUCACACAGCAGGUUGCAGGGGAAACUAAAGAAGGGGGAAAAACGAUGGGGACAUAAGGGAGCCAAACGGAAGACUAAAGAGAUGCAUACUCAAACAGAUGACUUUGACGAAAAGAAACAAAGUUCAACCUAUGAAGAAGGAGGCAGUGGUGUUCCUGAGAUAACAUACAUUGUGUGAUAAUUUGUAUCACAAUAAGGAUGUUAAGCCUUUGCAUGUCUUUUGUUGUUACGGGUGUCACUAACAAUUUAAGGUCUGAUGUAUUAUUCCAGCAGGAUUAAGAUAAUCUUAAUGAGAGAGCCCACAGGGAGUGCUGUACACUUCUUUUUUUAA